GGUACUCCAUAAUAUAUAACGGUCAUCCCCUUAAAAAAAAUUAAAUAAAAUUCUAUUUAAACCAUAUUUCGCCCAGCCAAUUCGCCCCAGAACUCUUCAUUUUCUAAAUCCAUUCAUUCUUCACAAAAGAUGAAAAUGGGUAAGAUAAUAAUGCUGAAAUUUAUACAGAAACGUUUUUCCAGAAUAAUGGCCUCAUUUUCACAGCACCAUCACAAUGGGUGUACUCUUGGGAGUCUGUCGUACAAAAAGCUUCCUGGCCAGCUACUCCAGAUUUCUAUUCUCAAAUUGGAUGGCUCUUCUUUUAAUGUUCAUGUAUCAAGGAAUGCUACUGUGGGUAGUCUGGAAUUUGCUGUGGAGGCAGUUUAUGGUGAUUUACCAGAGGAUGAAGGCAAUAUUUUAUGGUCACUUAUAUGGAGCCACUUCUGUUUGUGCUACGAGGGUCAGAAGCUAAUCAAUGACAAAGCUUGCCUUCAAAGUUAUGGGAUCAAAGAUGGUGAUGAGCUUCGUUUUAGCCGGCAUAUGAGGAUUGACCACAAACCUGCUCGGCAGCAAUCUGAAAAUCACUUUGUUGUAUCCGAACAGCACUCACUAUCAAAUGCUUGUGAUGCAAGAGCUGAUGAUCAUGUUGGCAUUGAGGAACAAGAAAGUAACCUGAAGUACUUCAACUAUGAACAAGACUCGGUCUUUCCUCGAGAAAAAUUCAGUUUAGGCCACUUUUUCAAACGCUGGGUAUCAUGUUCGAAACAGCAUGGUUUGAGAAGAAGUAGAGGAUACACAUUGAUAUAGAUGAUUAUGCUUUGGAAAUAAGCAACAAAUUGGUCGAGGUAGCUCGUUUUAGCGUGGAAGAAUAGUUGCUCACGUAUUUUAGCAUCUUGUGGUUGCAGUUUCGAAGGUAGAACUUGUAUGCAUUUUCGAUUAUUUGACAUAGUGAAUAUGAGGAAGUGAAGAUUGUUCAUCUUCUUGCUAAA